GACAUUGGAACACACUUCACCUCUUUGCGACGGUCACGCGAACUCUUUUCUUACGCAAUGGCUGUCAUCGCCAGGUGGUGUGUUCUUGUGGUGAUCCUAGCCAUCCACACCUCCACGUCUCUCGCUCACCUACAGCAGUAUCAACCCGCCAGGCUGCAGUAUCAGCAGCCUAGGCAACAGUAUCAGGCACCUAGACAACAGUUUCGGCCAUUCUUCAGACAGACGCAAUCUCCUGCCGAGUCUGGCCCACAAAACCUGUCUCCAGCCGAUCAGAAGAAGUUCAACGACUACCAGCGACAGAUCCAACAAUGGCAGAUAGCCGUUGUUGUUCCCCCGGGUAGUGGAGCCCAAGUGGGGCCCCAACCUCCAGCCCAGGGUGGCUACCCACCGGCCACUGGGGGAUACCCGCCCUCGCAGGCUGGUCCGGGACCCGCUCCACCCGGAAAUGUUUGGAUUCAGGUUCCAGCUGGUAGUGGCACCUACUAUCCAAGCUCCGGAAGCCAGUAUCCCCCACCAUCUCCUCCACCCUCUCCAGUAGACCCUGGAACUCAGUACCCAGCUCCCAGUCCAGUGGACCCUGGAACCCAGUACCCAGCUCCCAGUCCAGUGGACCCUGGAACCCAGUACCCAGCUCCCAGUCCAGUAGACCCAGGAAGCCAAUAUCCUCCAGCCCCACCCCCGAGCCAGAACGAAGUCUCUCCGCCUUCAGCAAUUGCUGCACCACCCCCCGAAUAUAACCCACCGCCCCCAGAAGUUCUCCCAGCCCCAGUCUCCGAGCAACCCUACCCUGAGCCUCUGCCCCCACCUUCCAACGAACUCCCUCCACCCAGUGGUGGUGUCCCCCCUCCCCCACCAGCCUCAUCAGGUGACAAUUCUGCACUGAAAGCUUUCUGUAAAGCUCCCAGAGGUCAGUUUCCCAGCUCAUCCUGUGAUAAGUUCGUCAACUGCUGGGAUGAUUUUGUAGUGGAACAAGACUGCCCGGCUGGACUUUAUUUCAAUGAAGGUGGUUUCUGUGAUUAUCCCUACAAUGUGGAUUGCAGCUCCAGGCAGCCGGGUGCAAGUCAACCAGGCUCAGUUGGACCGGUUGGAGGUGGAUCGCCGCCCCCAAGCGGUGGCUUUGAAGGCAACGCAGUCGGCGGUCCUGUAGUGCUGCCGCCCCCUGAGUCACCGCCUCCUGGCUCAGUGCCCCCACAGUCGCCGCCUCCAGGCGAAUAUCCGCCUGCCCCCCCUGCGCCGGGUGCAGGAGCUGGUGCCGGUCCCGAGAGUGGUGUUUGUCCCGCUCCUUACGGAACUUACAGGAGCAAGACCAACUGUGGCGCUUUCUACGUUUGCGUAGCUGGCAAACCUUACGAGUUCGUCUGUCCAGCUGGCCUCAAUUUCCAUGAGGAUCUGAAGGUGUGCGACUACCCUUACAGAGUGGAGUGCAACGGAGUGCCGACCAACCCGGCUCCACCCGAACCAUCUCCUGAGGAGCAGGUCGAGCCGUCCGGGGAGGCUCCACCCCCUCCACCACCCGCCCCUGUGGCCGAGUCACCUGCCCCCCUGCCCCCUUCGUCACCAGCUGUUUCUCCCGCCGUCGAUCCCAGCUUAGCAGGAUAUUUCGGCCAGAGAAAAUACUACAGCCAGUAUCCCAAUUACUACAAAUCAGCAGUUGGUGGCCUGCAGUGCUAUGGCCGAAGCAACAUAAUGUACCGUCUCACUCCGACUUGUUCAACUGUUGCCAUUUGCCAAGGUGGUGUUGCAAGGGUGAUGAGCUGUCCACAGGGAAUGAGGUUUGAUUCCCCCACAAGAAGAUGUUUACCAGCAUACCGUGCUAGAUGUUGAUCACCAGGAAUGAUACAGGAACGGAAUCUGCCCAAGUGCCAUAUUGGAUUUACGAGAGGAAAUUGUCACAUAUAAAGUUUGAGAAGACAAACGAACUUCAAACAAUUACUACUAUAUUGUUCCUUAUCAGAAACAUAAUAAAUCGUUAGCCUUAAUAACAUAGGAAUUCUUGUGUAGGCUUUCACUAUAAUGAUAAGUCAAGUCAAAGUUGAGGUCGUAGUUAUAAAUCAUUCGAUGAUUUUUUAUAAUAAAUUUAUCACUGUAUUUGGAAAAAUUGACAUUCUAGUCAUUUUAGGAUAAAGCCUGAUUCAGGCUGUUGGGUUGUAUUGUAUUGAAAACUACAACUCACUAGAUUUAUCGUACUUCAAUUUCGCAUUCUUUAUCCUCAUAAAUAAUGUUUUUCAGCAUCCAUAUAGUAUAUAAAUCAAGGUGUUGGCUAUUCAGUUGAAUUCUAAUUAAAAAAAAUUGAAACAUGGAAAUCUCAUGACCAGCCUUAUUUCAUCAUGCUCUACUGAAUAGGGAGAACGUUUUAAUGGAAAUAUGAUUUAUUAAUUCACAUAUUGAAUCUUAUAUUUUCAUUGAAAUAGAUACGGUAGUUAUUUUGUGAAUAAUUUCAGGGUCAAGUUUGUCUUCUCAGCUAUCUCUUUUCUUCUACUGCUCUAUAUUUUUUGUCUUCUCUGUUCAACUACAAGAAUUUGUAAUAAAAUGAAUUUUCUUAAACAAAGA